AUGGCGUCUUUGCCGUUAAUUUAUCUCCAAUUUGCCUUCUAUUUAGUUCUUACCCUUGGCUCGAUCGCAGCUGGCAAGAAUUGUGAGACUCUAGACGGCAAAUGGUAUAAUCAGCUGGGAUCUGAGGUUUACAUAGAGCAUGAUGAAAAUGGAAAACUCUGGGGCGAAUAUAGGACUGCUCAGGAGAGAUUCAAUGGAUCUGCGGGCCCUAGUCACUCUGUCCUUUUUGGUAAGUACCUUUAUAUUUCCUCAUUCAAGCCACUGCAACCCUGAGUCCUCAAUUGACCGAGGUUUUGUCAUGCAGUUUAAUAAUCUUUAUGUAGUUAACCGAAUGUUCUGAAACUUAAGCUUAAAUCUGAAUUCUUUAAGAAUGUUGAGUACUUUAAAAGGCAGGGAAAAAUUCAGGGCAUGUGCUAGGGACCAUGGAAUCACGCGCUGUUUUCGUGAAGGUCACAGGUUCAAUACAUUGCAUCCACCAGUAAUCUACAUUGCAAAUCCUGGACUGUGAACUGAGACAAAGUGCUGUUUUUUUUAAAGACUUAAAUAACUACAGUGUAUACUAAGUGACAUGUAACACGAAAGAUCUUGAUAUGGAUCUCCCUUUCAAUGUCCCAUUUCCAACCUAUAGGGCAUGAUUAUUGUUUUCCCUAUAGUGUGUCUGUUUAUAUAAUUGCAUACAUAAGAGAAGUCUACCUUUAAAUCUAAACAAUGACCAACAUCAAUUUUCUCCUAAUAAAUCAAUAGAUGGUCAAGAGAAAGGUUUAUGAGAAUUAUUAAAAUGAUCACCAAAAGAACACCUUGAUCUUUUGUCAAAUUCUCUCAACGAAUUCUUUAAAGAAAUGUAUUGAGAUUAGUUUGGAGAAUCUGCAUCUGGCUUAAGGUUAGAUAAAGUACUCACAUCACAUGUUGCCUACUGAACACAAUGUUUAUGGUGGCACAGGUGCUAGGGCAUGUUUUACAUGUAAAUCACAUGCUUCAUACAGGAGCUUGCUUGACACUUACAUGUAUCCUGUACCUGUUGGUCCAUGAAUAAAAAUACCUUAAAUCCUCUGUUAAGCCCCCUCCUGGGUGGCUUAUUUAUUUCAAGCUCAUUUGAAGGGGUGUUGGGGUGGGGGGGAGGGGGGGGGGGCUAGAGACAGGGGUUGGGGUGGCUUUCAUGUAUUUAAUCAAGAAAGGAGGAUGGUAUCAGCUCUCCCUAAAGGACUAGAAUACAAAGUGGAAAAGAUCAAAAGCAAGAAGGUUGGAGGUCAUGCACCUGAGGAUCAGAAUCUAAUCCGAACUUCCAGUUGGUAAAUAAACCAUCCUGGAUUAGUUCAUACAAAGUUUUACAGUCAUGAUUGAUUAAUACAGUCCUUGCUUUAUUAGUGAAGAAUGAUUAGGGGAGGGGAGGGGGGUGCAUAAUAGAGAGGGUGGCUUAUUAACUUUUUUAACCCUGAAAAGGGGUGGGUUGGGCAAGGGGGCUCAUUAGAGGGAGAAGGCUUAUUUGAGAAGGGGGGCUAAACAGAGGAUUUACUGUAAUCAUUUAUUUGCUGCAUUUGAAGAGGCUUUUUUGCUUUUGCUUUCUUUCGAAAAGCCUUUUAAAGUAGAUGUAAUUGAUCAGUUGACAGUUGUGACUUAAACUGGAUGAAAUAUUUUGCUUUGACAGGAGCAACACCUUAUGACUACAAAGGGGCAUCAUUUGCUUUCUCUGUAGUCUGGAGGAAUGGUUCAUCAACAACUGUGUGGACUGGUCAAUGUCUUGUGUGCAGUGAUGGGCAUGAAAAGCUUCUUACCUCUUGGCUGUUGCGUUCCAAGGUAAAUACCUGCAUAGACAAGUGGAAGUCAACUAUGAUUGGUCGAGACACCUUCACUAGAUACGAACAGCGUGAUGGUCCUCGCAAACCAAAUGCAUCCAUUCCAGAAACCCCGGUAACUAUUGAGAAAACAGUUAAGACCUCGGACCCUGAAGUCAAAAAUAAAUCUUGCAGCUUAAAUGGUGUUUGGUAUAAUCAUUUGGGCUCCGAGAUGAUUUUGACCCAAAAAGAUGAUAAUACUAUUGAAGGAGAGUAUCGCACUGCUGUUGAGCGGGAAACUGGAGCAGCUGGAACAAGCCAUUCUAAAGUGUUCGGAAUCGGACAGCUAGGAGGCCCAAGCAGCACUUUUUCUUUCUUUGUUGUCUGGAGAAAUGGAGCAUCUGUGACUGGAUGGGUGGGUCAAUGUCACAUUUGCGGUGAAAAUAAGACUGAGAUAAUUGAAACUGGUUGGUUGUUGAACAGUAACAUAGAAAAGUGCAGUGAUGAUUGGAAAUCAACACUAUUUAAUCAGGAUAGCUUCACUCGCACUGAACAGAACCCUGGGCCCAGGAAGAGAGAUAAUACUCAUGUUCCAGACAGAAGUGGAAACGAAGCACAUCCCAAGGCCUGUGAUGGGUGCAAGCAUCACCUUACCUACACUCUCUUCAGUUUGAGUGUGAUCAUUUCUGUUUUACAUGUUUACUGGUAA